CGGUCUCACUGGCCGGUCACAGUCACUACGAAGCCGGAAAAAGAUAUUAAAAAAACUUAAAUUAUUUUUUGGAACAUAUGUAUUUUCGAAUUUAAAAAGUGAAUUUGUGAAGUGAAAGAAUAUUUGGUGUUCCUAUUUGGUGAAUAAAAAAUAACUCACAAUGCCAGAGGGCGCAGUAGUCUUCGGCACGAACGAAAAAUGGCGAAUCAACCGCAAUAUCUUCGUGCUCGGUUUCGCGUUCAUGAUCCACUUCACGGCUUUCCACGGGGCUGCCAACCUUCAGAGCUCGGUCAACAGCGACGAGGGAGCCGGCACCUUCACCUUAGCUGCCAUCUACUUCUCCCUGAUCCUGUCUAACAUCUUCCUACCUGCUAUUAUUAUCAAAUGGCUGGGCUGCAAGUGGGCGGUGGCUGUGUCCUUCAUAGCAUACAUGCCGUUCAUAGCGGCGCAGUUCUACCCCCGGCUGUACACGUUGGUGCCAGCCGGGAUGAUGGUCGGCUUCGGAGGCGGCCCGCUCUGGUGUGCCAAGUGCACGUACCUUUCUGUGGUGGCCGAACCCUAUUCGAAGCUGUCAGGAGUACCGGUGGACGUGCUGGUGGUUAGAUUUUUCGGACUGUUCUUCAUGUUCUACCAGAUGGCGCAGAUUUGGGGUAACCUCGUGUCUUCAGCAAUACUGUCAUCCACUCUGGGUGACAUCCCGUCUCUGAUGAAUGAGACCCUGACUCCAUCAGCCUCUGCUUUGGUCAGCAACCUCACGAAACCUGUCGUCGAUCUUGGGGCCUUCUGCGGAGUCAACUUCUGCAGUUGGAACUCUUCUCAAGAAAACGCGAAUCUAGAGCCACCUUCUCAACUGAAGAUCCAAGUGAUCGCCGGCGUCUACCUCGCGUGUAUGGCGUCUGCAUGUGUCCUAGUUGCUGUUGGAGUAGAUUCCCUUACCAGGUACGCAAGUGAGCGCAAGUCAACCGGGCAAGGCAAGUCCGGGGUUCGACUCCUGGCGGUGACACUGCGGCAGUUGCGUCACAAGUACCAGCUCUUGUUACUGCCUGUCAUUGGGUACAUUGGUGCUGAACAGGCGUUUAUGGCCGCUGAUUUCACUCAGGCGUUUGUUGGCUGCGCGUAUGGAAUAAGCAACAUCGGUUUCGUGAUGAUUUGCUUCGGAGUGUUCAACGCCCUUGCUGCCCCAAUUGCUGGUUCAAUUGUCAAGCUGACAGGAAGAUAUCCCGUCAUGAUCACAGCUCUGCUGCUGAACCUGUGUUUGCUGACUGCUCUGCUACUCUGGAGACCCAAUCCCGAGCAGUGGCUUAUAUUCUACACGCUAGCGGCUAUAUGGGGAAUCGCAGAUGCUGUAUGGCUUGUUCAAGUUAAUGCUCUCUCCGGUAUCCUCUUUCCUGGUGACGAGGAAGCGGCGUACUCCAACUUCAGGUUGUGGGAAGCCACCGGCAGUGUUCUGUCAUAUGCUUCCGCGCCUUAUCUUUGUGUCAGAACGAGGCUAUACAUUCUUCUAGGUCUUCUGAUCCUCGGGUUCUCAGGGUACACCAUUAUAGAGGUGAUGGAGUACAAAGUGAAGCAGGCACACCACCGGGAGAGGACCUUCCAACUGGUGAAGAAGAAAGCUGAUGACGAUCAGGACUAGUAAGUUUGGUUCUAGUUUAGUUUACUAGUGAAGAAUCUUGCCUAUUUUUUAUUAAUCAUUUGUCAGGUAAGAUGAGGUAGUAUUGAGAAUCGUAUUGUAAUAUGGAUGAGUAGUAGUUCGUUAAAAGAAGUUAUUUUUGUAGUGGAUGAAUUUGUCUUAUGUACCUAACUACUAGUAGGAUUUUUUACUUGUUUAUUACAUUUAACGAAUGAAUUUCUUUUUUGGUUGAAUGUGGAGGAAGCAAAAGAAGUGUGUCAGGAUCAAAGCAAAUUAAAUGGAAUUCAAUGGUCUCUACUUAACCCGGUGGGAAAUAGGCGUGAGUUUAUGUAUGUAUGUAUGUUAUUAUAUUUAAUGAAUGCUAUUUUAUUUUUUUUAAAUAUAAACUUUAAUAUCUGCUAUUUUUUAGUUCAUCACUAAUCAAUGUAACAUUUUUAAUAAAUAUUAUAUAUUUCUUAACUUUUUGUAUAGAUUUUUUAAUUAUACAUUGUCAAGAACGUGUAAAUAUUAGUAUACUUUCUCUUAAGAAUUAAAAUAUGUAAUAAAUAAUAGGAAAAAAAUAAUAAAAUGAUGGUCUUGUUUCAAAUAAAUCGUCGCUUUUAUUCUUUCCACAUAAAUAUUUAAGUUGGAUCGAACUUAGUAGUAAGCUAUUCAUUCUAAGUACAAUGUUCAUACGGAAUUAACUAAGUGACUAUGACCUUGUUAUACACAAUUAUACACUAAAUAUAACAAUUACUUCAAGUCUUGUUCGGACAAGUCGAAUAUGGGAUACUUUGACAUCGAAUCAAGUAUAUUUUAUUGUUUGAUUUUGGUAGAUUAUGACAUGAAUUUUGAAAUGCGUGAUCCUUCACACAUCUUUUUUUUGCCCUUAUCCUAUAGAACAACAGGAUACUCCUUAUCAUUAUUGUUGAAGGCCUGUUCCAAGUAGUAAUAAUUCACAACCUCAGAGCAAAUGAUCGAUUGUGAGACUGUCCUUUGUUUAGUAAGGAGUUUUCAGGCUUGAAUCACCUGAUUGUCCGAAAAAGUAAUAUAAUUCCGUGCUUCGGAGGGCACGUUAAGCCGUUGGAUCCGGCUAUAAGCCGUAAAAACACCUCCACCAACCUGCAGUAGAGCAGCGUGGUGGAGUAUGCUCCAUACCCCCUCCGGUUGAUUGAAGGGAGGCCUGUGCCCAGCAGUGGGACGUAUAUACGCUGUUUAUGUAUGUAUGUAUGCACUAUAAUAGUUGCACUGUUAUAGUAAUAGUAUAGUGGUAUUAAUAUAUUAGCCAUUCGGCUAUAAUCAUCGUUAUUACUUCAGCGUUCAUGUGUAAAUCAUUUUUAGUAACUUAAUAGUAAGUAAUUUACAGUAUGACAAAGUGUCGAAGAUGUUUACUAGAUACCGAUUUGUUACUUAUGAAAUUAGAAUCUUGUGUCAUACUAUAGGUUACCUCUAUUAAUAGUCUGUAAGAUGAAUGAUAUUAAAUGGUAUAUAUACUUUAUAUAUUACGUGGCGUAAAGCUUAACACGCUCUUUCAGUAUUUUUAAGGUAUUUGUUCUUUUUAAAUAUUGACUUAGUAUAUACUUAAUUAUUCUGUUUUUCAUUUCGACUUGUCCCAAAACUAACGGAUAUCAAAUACACAAACAAUUGACACACAAUAUAACUAUAGACAUUUUACACGGUUUGUAAGUCACUGGUCCAUCGUACAUAUUAUUCCUUAGCUAUAAAAGAGACUGCCUUUUUAAAUACACAACAUGUAAAAUAUAUAAUACAGAUUUGAAAAUGUAACUUAUUUUUAAACUUUUAAGUUAUUACAGGGGUUGUUAUGGUAUUUCAUGUUACGCUGGCCUGCCCAUGUUUAACGGAUUACGUAUCAAUUUUUUUUUAAGAACAUAAAGUGGUACUUUUAUUCUUCACUUGUGUGGGUUAUGAGGUCAAUGAGCGGCCUCAUUAACCCAGGUUGGUGCCAGGGUUUCUGUUAAACCGCUCAAAGCUACUGAUAUGGUGAGCCAUAACGUAACGACUACAUACUUACUUGGUUACAUUAUCUUCCCUGUAUAAAAUCUGGGAAAAUAUUUCCUGUUCUUGUAAGAAACAUAUACGUACCAUACGUCCAGAAAAUUCUAUCAAUGUCAGCAUUUAUGUGUUCUAUAGUAUUAAUAGGUCAAUGGAUGACGCUUAAAAAUAAAAUCACCUAACAAAUUCGUAAUAAAAUUAUAAACUAUA